UGACAGAGAUACUAUUGAUCUUGAUUUCCGUUGUAUCUAAUCAAAAGCUAGGUUCGGGGACAAUGUGUAUCUCUAUGGCUAAAAGUAUCACUAAGACCUAAUCGUUUUCGUCUCAAAAGAUAACGGUUCGUGUCAGACGCCAUGUCCCUCGUCCGACACGUCUCUUGAUCGCUGGAACCUGGUAUGAUGUGGCUAGAAGGAGAACGUGACCGAGUAGCCAAGCCUUCUCUGUAACUGGUGGACCAAGAAUCUCCUUGUCUUUCUGUUUAGCGUCAAGUGAACCCAGGUAUCGUGUCUUUGUGGCACGCAGUUAGAAAACAAAUUCUUGGUGACAGGAAAACGUCUUGUUGCGAGUAGGUCUCAGCCGAGUCGGAACACAGCUCGUUCCGCUCGGAAACCACCCCGCGUUUCCCCCAAGCCAUGCCGAUGUUCCGUGCGGGGUGUUCCCUUUUUGCAUCUGUAACAAACUCUGGGGUUGGGAGAGGACACGGCAAAUGCGUAACGUUAGUAAUAUGAUUGUUCCGAGAGGUUUGUAGCGAGGGAGCACAUGUUGGCCAAAGAAUUGUACCGACGAGAGCCGAUGGGACGACUUCUGAUGCUCAGGUCACAGCGGCGAAACCGAAUAUGGAGGAUAACCUCUGCCAUUCUGGUAUAUCAUACCCUUACUAGAGAGAGUGGGAGACCAUGUCAUACAACAUCAGAUCGAGCCGUCCUUCAAAACUGACUCUCUUGGUCUAAGAAACUAACACAUCAUCGCUAUGGCCAUCUCAACCGUCAUCAACCCUUUGAAUCAAAAACUUUUUGACCAUGCUCUGCAGUCAACAGCCCUCUCACUUCUCCUCAUACCCCUCAUCUACGUCAUUGCAAACGAGUUCAUCCGCUCCAAGGCCAGGAUAGCCAAGCUCGAUGGUCCUCGAGGCCUGCCCCUAAUCGGUAAUCUGUUGGACAUUCAGGUCAACGCAGCAGAGCAAUACCGCAAAUGGGCCAAGAAGUUCGGACCUGUCUACCAAAUCCAGCUGGGGAAUGUCCCCGUCGUCAUUGUGAACUCUUCUGCGGCGGCCAAGGCGCUUUUCGGGCAAAACGCCCAGGCGCUCAGCUCACGUCCGGAGUUCUACACGUUCCAUAAGGUUCUGUCUGACACCGCUGGCACAACUAUCGGUACUUCACCAUACAGCGAUUCCCUGAAGCGCCGCCGUAAAGGCGCUGCGUCGGCACUGAACCGACCCUCGGUGGCGACCUAUGUGCCUCAUCUCGACGUUGAGUCCCGCGACUUUAUCAAGGAACUAAAUGAAUAUGGAGACGCUGGGCAGACUCCUGUCGACCCUAUGCCCAUGAUUCAGCGCCUGUCACUGUCCUUGGCCUUGACACUGAACUGGGGAGUCCGUAUGAGCAGCCAAAAAGACGGGCUCUUCAAGGAGAUUACCCACGUCGAGGAAGAAAUCAGUCGCUUCCGCUCCACCACUGGUAAUCUCCAAGACUACAUCCCCUUGCUCCGCCUCAACCCGAUCAACACGCACUCAGCCAAGGCGAGAGAUGUGCGGAACCGACGCGACGUGUAUCUCACGGCGUUGAACAAGGGCCUCGAGGAGCGCAUGGCCAACGGCACCCACAAGCCCUGCAUCCAGGCGAACGUAAUCAUGGACAAGGACGCGAAGCUCGACAAGGCGGAGCUGACUUCCAUCAGCCUGACGAUGCUCUCGGGAGGGCUUGAUACCAUCACGACGCAGGUGGCUUGGUUCGUGGCCAUGCUGGCCCAACGACAGGACAUUCAAGAAAAGGCGGUCGCGGCGAUUCGCGAGUUCUACGACGAGAAGCAGCCCAUGUGCGAUGCCGAGGACGAUCAGCAGUGCAAGUACAUCGUUGCACUGGUUCGCGAGUCACUCCGAUAUUAUACCGUCCUUCGACUCGCCCUCCCCCGAGCUUCCGUGCGCGAUGUGCCUUACGGACAGACGAUAAUCCCCAAAGGCUCCGUCAUCUUCCUCAACGCAUGGGCGUGCAACAUGGACUCUGAAGUUUGGUCCGAUCCUGAAGUAUUCCGCCCCGAACGCUGGCUGGAACAGCCAGACGCGCCCCUGUUCACGUACGGUGUUGGCUACCGCAUGUGCGCCGGGUCCUUGCUGGCCAACCGCGAGCUGUACCUCGUAUACAUGAGGUUGCUCAACAGUUUCAAGGUCGAGAAGUACGACGACGUUGACCACCACCCCGUCUCCGGGAACGCCGAUCCCACUUCUCUCGUGGCGAUGCCGAGACCGUUCCGGGCAAAAUUUGUGCCUCGGGAUAUCAACACGCUGAGCCAAGCUUUGAGGACCACCGAAUAAAAGGCUUAGCCAGUUCGCUUUGUAGUGCGGACCAUUGAGGAUUGUCGAGCAGGAGAGUAGAUAGUCAACCCAAGUCAUGAAAUGCAGGAAGUUUUGGGGUAUGAG